AUGUCUUCCAGUCGCACUGCUUCAUACUCACUUGAAGAAGAUAUGCACUUGUGUCAUGUAUAUAUUGACAUUUCUCAAGAUCCAAUCAUAGGAAGAAACCAAUCAGGUAAUAGUUUUUGGGCAAGAGUUAAAUCAGACUACCACAAGAAUGAGAAAUUUAGUAAUCAACCUCGACCAAGAAGAUCUUUGCAAACUCGAAUGACUACCAUUAUUGGUGCAGUUGCAAAAUUAAGGGGAUGCAUCAACCAAAUCCAAAAUAAAAAUCCAAGUGGUGCUUCACAAGAAGAUAUUUUAAAUCAAGCGAAGAUGUUAUUAGCCCAAGAAAAAAAAUAUAGUAGAGGCUUCAAAUUUGAUCAUGUGUGGCCCAUCCUCAAACACAUUAAGAAAUUUACAAGUGAUGACAACAUCAAUGGACCAAGUAGAUUCCAACAAGAUGGUCCUAAUUUUACUUCGUCAAAAUCAUCAUCUCACAAUUUUGAUUCUCCGACGUCAGCAUCCACCGGUAUGAGUUCAUUUGAUCUUAAUAUAAAUAAUGAGGAAAUCAUUACUAAUUCAACUGAAAGACCUAUUGGUGUGAAAAAAGCAAAGGCAAAACAAUUAGGUGAUGAUCAAUUUAACAAACUAAUGGAACAAAGUAAAAAACUCGUUCAAGUUAUUGAAAAGAGUAACACAGAUAGAAAUGAACGUCAUAAAAGAAAAACUGAAGAUAAAAUUGUAUUCACGGAUUUGGAUUCUAUAUCCGAUCCAGAGUUUCGCCAGUACAUUCAAAGCGAAAGAAGAAGAAUUUACAGAGAAAGAGCACGAACAUCCGAAGUUGGAGAACAAGGAGAAGGAUCUCAAUAUCAGGGAUCACAAUAUCGAGCAUCUCAAUAUCAAGGACAAAGUGCUCAAGAUGAAGGGCAACGAUCUCAAGAUCAAGGUGAAAGAUCUGAAAAUAACUCACAAGAUUAUAGUCCAUAUUUUGACUAUCUUGGCGGAACAGGGAAUAAUUUUCCACAUUAUUGA